CAUUAAUUAACAAAAUAAAUGUGCAAUAUGGAAAGCGAUGACCUGAAAGCAAGAAAUGAAAACACAACAUGUAGACAUCGUUCGUUAUAUAACAAUACAGAAGAUGAUCACGUGAUUGCAUUUUGGAGUGGUGAAUCUUUGCAUAAAAUAGCGCCAAUGUUGUUUGUCAUGCUGACAACUAUUGUAGGAAAUCUUGUUCUGAUAGUGUCAUUGACAAACAGAAGAACUAGACGGCGUAAACGUGUAAAUGUAUUUAUCGUUAAUCUUGCAAUCGCUGACCUUACGGUUGCAUUUAUAACAAUGACGACUGAACUUCUUGAAGCAGUAUUUAAACAGUGGAUUUUAGGUGCAUUCUUGUGUAAGUUACUGCUCUAUCUUCAAGUUGUCACUUUAUCUAGUACAACAUUUCUACUAACAGGUAUGAGUAUUGACCGAUAUCAAGUCAUUGUGCGACCUUUAAAGUCAUUAGCGCAACGGCCUAAGAUUAAGGCAAAAGUUGUGAUGGCAUGGUUAAGUGCUUUUGUGUUUGCCAUUCCUCAGGUUUUCAUUUUUGUUCAGGUGGAAGUCUUCAGUGAGACAAAACAAACAUAUGUGCAUUAUUGUAAAAGUGCGGGAUAUAGCGCUGAAUGGCAAAGGAAAUUUUAUUUUACGUUCCUAACUUUUUAUAUUCUUUUGCUUCCCGCUGGAAUAAUGACAUUUUGUUAUAGUGCAAUUGCGAGAGUUAUCUGGAAUAGAGGAGAACACAAUCAAGACACGGCUUUGUCAACUUUCGUUGGUAAUCGUGUUGAAUCACCGCGAAUGUCAAUGAAAACAAAAGUAAUAAUGGCAUCUAGAAGAAAAGUUGUUUUCAUGACUCUGUCGGUUAUUAUCGCUUAUAUUGUAUGCUUGACACCGUAUUUCAUUAUCUCUUUGAUACGAAUAUACAGCCACUAUACGCUGGAUCUAAGAAAUGCAUUAACCGUAUCACAAAUAAUAUUCAUGCUUCACUCUGCCUUAAAUCCAAUUUUGUAUGGUUUGUUUACAUUACGAACUGCUCAUAUGUCAUUGUGCUAUUCAUUUGUUCUCUGUAGAAAGCCCGGCAGAAAAAAUCACCAAAGAAGUAUUAUUAAAACACCUCAUUUAGUUUCGCUACGGAAACGAAUUUUCUUCCGACGCAGAAACAAUGAAGAAACUAGUGUUAUUAUUGCUCAUCAUGCUGCAAAAGAAGAAAGCAGUUUCAAGUUGCGACACCGUCAAAAUGGAAAAUAUAUUACAACUUUUAAUUCAAAUUAUAGAGGAUUUGACACGAACUUGACGCCGUACAAAUGGACCCCUAGAAAAGUUAAUGGUGGGCAAACUAAUUUAGAUCAUAAAAAUUAUUCAGUCGACAGCGAUACAAUAUCUUCAGAAAUAUGAUAGUUGUUGACUGUCAUCAACUUCUUCGAUAGUAAGGCUGAACUCUGCUUUUCAUGUUGACGUUACGCAUAUCUUAUAGGUAUGAGAUACCUAAAUGAUCUUGACGAUGUUGCUCAGUUUUCAUUUCUAUUAUAUAAAGAAAGGAACUUACAUAGAAUCAUUUAAAAUGAGAUUAAAGUAGUUUGUUUUUAAAUUACAUAUGAUAAUUGUCUUUCACAAACUUGUACUUAAAUUUUAAAGUAGGAUUGGAGAGAUUUUUCAUUCCUAAAUUCCAGUAAUAUCAAUUGGAAAGUAGUAGCUUUGUGUUGUUGUUUAACGCGGUUGAAAUAACAGUUUAUUAAUAACAAAUACUACAAUCUGAAGGUAAGAUUAAAAUCUAAAUUCAUACGUCAAAUGUAUUUAUCGAUUGAUGUAUAAAUAAAUACACUUAAAUUAACGUGAGAGGCAAGUUAUUAACUGCUGUAACAACAGUUACAAACAAAAUGAGUGAAAUACAUUUUAAAAUGUUAACAGUAAAUAUACUAAACCGCUUUCAGAACGCAGUUUUAGCCACAAAUCAUUGUGAAUAUUUGAUAACAAAGUAAACAUAAACUGUGACGUAUAAUAUAAUCUGGAAAGUAGAUCCCUCGGAAUGUUUUAUGUUUAAUUUUGAAAUCAUUCAUGCGUGAAAACGGAGGAAAUAAUCUCGGUUUUCUACCACAGUUUCCGGUAUGUGAUUGAUUCGAUGUGAUAUAUGAGGUCAAUAAUGAUGACAAUUUCUUCCCCGGGUAACUGUCGACCAUAAAACAUUUUGUCUUUUUAAAAUAGAUGUGGACAUUGGUAAAGUCGAUUUUUUUUCAAUCUUAAAGGCGCUCGCUACAGUUUCGUAUUUUUUUUCUCAAUAAUAGAUUUUGAUGAAAUGUUUUGUAUUAAAAGAUCGUGUUAAGAUGUAUUGAAAAAUGAAAUAAAAUACUAGGUCACCAGCUUUGUUUCAAUUUAAUUUUCCCCUAGAUAUGGUGCUAUUUUAAACAUUUUUCAAAAUUUCUGUAAUCCUAAAAUAUCUUUCAGUAAAGUACAAUAAUAAGCAUAAAUUUGAUUAUCUAAGCAUUUUUAUAACGGAAAACAAUAUAUCUAUUUGAAACAUGCUCAGAGAAAUCAAAAGAACAUGAUUUUGUAAAGAAAGGAAUAAUUGUUCAGCAGAC